AAUCACUUCAUCCAUUUGUACCCAGAAUGCAAAGUGAAACACCGAAAAACCUCAGCAGCCUCGAGCUCUCCAGGUUAUCAUGGCGAUAAGAGACACAUCUCCCCCUUGAGUCCUCCCCCGGCAGCGGCAGCAACGGCAACAAAAGCGUCCCUCUUCCCCCCCUCCCCGCUACGGAGAAAACACCCGCAACGGGUCCCCAUGCAGCGGACCUUUACCCGGGACUGAGGGAAGGACACAGCAGCGCGCGAGGCACCGCCAUGGCAGCGUCGGAGCUGUACACAAAGAGGGCUCGGGUGUGGAUCCCCGAUGCCGAGGAGGUGUGGAAGUCCGCCGAGCUGAACAAGGACUACAAAAAUGGCGACGCCUCCCUGCAGCUCAUGCUGGAGGAUGGAACGAACAUCGAGCACAAACUGGACCCCAAGACGAAGAACCUUCCUUACCUGCGUAAUCCCGACAUCCUGGUCGGCGAAAAUGACCUCACGGCACUCAGCUACCUGCACGAGCCGGCCGUGCUGCACAACCUCAAAGUCCGCUUCAUGGACUCCAAGCUCAUCUACACUUACUGUGGAAUCGUCCUGGUGGCCAUCAACCCGUACGAGACGCUGGGUAUCUACGGCUCGGACAUCAUCAACGCGUACAGCGGUCAGAACAUGGGAGACAUGGACCCACAUAUCUUCGCUGUGGCCGAGGAGGCUUACAAACAGAUGGCCAGGGACGAGAGGAACCAGUCGAUCAUUGUGAGUGGGGAGUCCGGAGCAGGAAAGACGGUAUCAGCCAAAUACGCCAUGAGAUACUUUGCUACGGUCAGCGGCUCCACCAGCGAGGCCAACGUGGAGCAGAAAGUCUUGGCUUCCAACCCCAUCAUGGAGGCCAUUGGAAAUGCAAAGACCACACGAAACGACAACAGCAGCCGCUUUGGGAAAUACAUCGAGAUCGGCUUCGACACACGCUACCGCAUCAUCGGCGCCAACAUGAGGACGUAUCUGCUGGAGAAAUCACGAGUGGUGUUUCAGGCCGACGAGGAAAGGAAUUAUCACAUCUUCUAUCAGCUCUGUGCAUCAUCCCAUCUGCCUGAGUUCAAGAUGCUGAAGCUAAGCAGCGCAAACGACUUCUUGUACACCAGGCAGGGCCGGAGCCCGGUAAUUGACGGCGUGGAUGACACAAAGGAGCUGUCCUCCACUCGCAAAGCCUUCACGUUGCUCGGUAUUAAUGAAUCCAAUCAGAUGGGUUUGUUCCAGGUGUUGGCUGCUAUUCUUCAUCUCGGGAACGUGCAGAUAAAGGACAGAGACUCGGACAGCAGCAUCAUUCCACCCAACAAUGGCCACCUGACGGCAUUCUGCGAUUUGGUGGGCGUGACCUACCAGGACAUGUCUCAGUGGCUGUGCCACAGGAAGCUGAAGACGGCCACAGAGACGUACAUCAAGACCAUUCCCCGCCUGCAGGCCACCAACGCCCGCGACGCGCUCUCAAAACACAUCUACGCGAAGCUCUUCAACUGGAUCGUGGAGCACGUUAACAAAGCGCUAAUCACCAAUUUUAAACAGCACUCCUUCAUCGGGGUCCUUGACAUCUACGGGUUUGAGACCUUUGAGAUCAACAGCUUUGAGCAGUUCUGUAUCAACUACGCCAAUGAGAAACUCCAGCAGCAGUUCAACAUGCAUGUGUUCAAGCUGGAGCAGGAGGAGUACAUGAAGGAGCAAAUCCCCUGGACUCUGAUUGACUUCUACGACAAUCAGCCCUGCAUCAACCUCAUAGAGGCCAAGAUGGGCAUCCUGGACCUGCUGGACGAGGAGUGCAAGAUGCCCAAAGGUUCCGAUGAUUCUUGGGCUCAGAAGCUCUACAACACCCACCUGAAGACCUGCUCCCUCUUCGAGAAGCCACGCAUGUCCAACCGCGCUUUCAUCAUUCAACAUUUUGCCGACAAGGUGGAGUACCAAUGUGAAGGUUUCCUGGAGAAGAACAAGGACACAGUGAACGAAGAACAGAUCAACGUGCUGAAGGCCAGCAAGUUUCCCCUGCUGGUGGAGCUGUUCCACGACGGGGAGAAAGCCAUCAGUCCCACUGGUCAGGUCCCCGGCACCGGAGGCCGGACGCGCCUCAGCAUCAAACCUGAGAAGGGCCGUGAGAAGAGCAGCAAGGAGCACAAGAAGACUGUCGGCUGCCAGUUUCGUAACUCGCUGCAGAUGCUGAUGGAAACUUUGAACGCGACGACUCCGCACUACGUACGCUGCAUCAAACCCAAUGACUUCAAGCUGGCCUUCUCGUUUGAUCCUAAACGUGCGGUGCAGCAGCUCAGAGCCUGCGGCGUCCUAGAAACCAUCCGCAUCUCUGCUGCAGGGUUCCCAUCCAGAUGGACGUACCAGGAGUUCUUCAGCCGAUACAGAGUGCUGAUGAAGCAGAAGGACGUGUUACCUGACAGGAGGUUGACCUGCAGAAAUGUCCUGGAGCAUCUGGUCCAGGACCAGGACAAAUAUCAGUUUGGUAAGACCAAGAUCUUCUUCCGGGCCGGCCAGGUUGCCUACUUGGAGAAGUUGAGGGCGGAGAAGUUGCGCGCUGCCUGCAUUCGCAUCCAGAAAACCAUUCGCUGCUGGCUGGCACGCAAGAAGUACCUGCGCAAGCGCAGCGCUGCCAUCACCAUCCAGAGGUUCACCAGAGGGCACCAGGCUCGCCGCUUGGCCAAGUUCAUGCGUCGCACGCAGGCGGCCACCACUAUCCAGAAGUACCAGCGCAUGUGCGUGGAGAAGAAACGCUACAGACAGAAGCAGGCUGCCGCUCUGGUCAUGCAGACGAUCCUCAGAGCUUACAUGGCCCGGCAGAAGUACCGGGCGUUACUGCGGGAGAGCAAGGUGGUGAUCAUUCAGAAACGCGUCCGUGGCUGGUUGGCUCGGUGCUGGUACAAGCGCUGCCUCGUCUCCCUGGUCUACCUGCAGUGCUGCUUCCGCAGGAUGAAGGCCAGGCGCGAGUUGAAGAAGCUGAAGAUCGAGGCUCGCUCGGUGGAGCACUUCAAGAAGCUCAACAAAGGCAUGGAGAACAAGAUCAUGCAGCUGCAGAGGAAACUCGACGAGCAGAACAAAGAAAACCGCUUGGUCAACGAGAGGCUAGCCGGUCUGGAGAACACCUACACAACAGAGAGCGAGCGGAUGCGUGGCGAGCUGAGCCGGCUGCGAGGGGCGGAGGAGGACGCCAAGAACAAAGGCCACCAAGUGACGUCGCUGCUGGAGGAGCUGGAGAAGCUGAGGAAGGAGCUGAGUUCCACACAGAAGGAGAAGAAGACCAUCGAGGACUGGGCGCAAAACUACAGGAGCGAAAUGGAGAAAAUGGUCUCGGAGCUGAAGGAUCAGAAUGGCUCGCUGAAGAAAGAGAAGGACGACUUGAACAGGUUGAUUCAGGAACAGAGUCAGCAGAUGACCGAGAAAAUGGCCCGUGCGAUACUAGAGGAGACUCAGCAGCUGAAGACCGAUCUGAACGAGGAGCGAUCUCGCUACCAGAAUCUCCUGACGGAGCACCUUCGUCUGGAGGAGAAGUACGACGACUUGAAGGAGGAGAUGGUUUCCUCGAACGUCCCCAAGGCUGGCCACAGGAGAAGAGAUUCCACCCACAGCAGCAACGGAUCAGAGUACACGUACAACUCCGAGUACGCCGAGUUGGAAGAUGGUUCCCGUGCCGGCGAGGAUGUGACGCGAGGAAUGGACACCUCGCUGACCCUCAAGCUGCAGAAACGUUUAACCGAACUGGAGCAAGAAAAGCAGUCACUGCGCAACGAACUGGAAAACAAAGAGGACCAGUUCCAGCGGGCUAGAGCCAGGGAUGACGUAGAAUUUAAAAAGGCUCGUGGGGCAGAGCUGGAGUACGAGUCCCUGAAGCGUCAGGAGCUGGAGUCCGAGAACAAGAAGCUGAGACAUGACCUGAAGGAGAUCCGGCAAAGCCUGGUGGGUAACGCAGCUACGGGCGCUGGGGCCCCGGGCUCCCCGGCCUACAAGGUGGUUCUGGACCAGCUCAACGCCUCCUGUGAGGAGCUCGAGGUCCGUAAGGAGGAGGUGCUGAUCCUGCGCUCCCAGCUGGUCAGCCAGAAGGAAGCCAUGCACCACAAGGAUGAGAAGGAGACCAUGACCGAGCCUUCCGUCUACGUUGAGGAUGUGUCGAAGCUGAAGGACGCGGGUGAACUCAAGCAAGCUUACGUGGGCCUCAAAGACACCAACAGAUCUGCCGCUCCAGACUUCCAUAAGCUGAAUGAGGACGGAGAGCUGUGGCUGGUUAAUCAGGGCUUAAAGGAAACCAUCAGGCUACUGGAGCACCAGCUGCAGACUCAGCGGAGAGGUUACGACAGCGAGGUGGAGUCGCUGCGCGGUGAGCUGCAGAAUGUCAAGGAGGAGAACAACCGGCAGCAGCAGCUCUUGGCCCAAAACCUGCAGCUUCCUCCGGAGGCCCGAAUCGAAGCCAGUCUGCAACACGAGAUCACGCGGCUCACCAACGAGAACCUGGAACUCCUGGCUGAAGACCCCACAGCAUCCCGAGAGGCUCGAGUCAUCAUUUUACGACGGAUGGUUGAUCUGAUGGAGCAGCUGGAGAAGCAGGACCGAACCAUCCGCAAGCUCAAGAAGCAGCUGAAGGUUUACUCCAAGAGGAUCGGCGAGAUGGGGGCGGGUCAAACCGAGGGACAGACGUCUCCGGGACAGAUGGUGGACGAGCCGAUUCACCCUGUCAACAUUCCUCGCAGGGAGAAAGACUUCCAAGGGAUGCUGGAGUACAACAAGGAGGAUGAGCUCAAACUGGUCAAGAACCUCAUCCUGGAGCUGAAGCCUCGCGGUGUGGCUGUGAAUCUGAUCCCAGGUCUGCCGGCCUACAUCCUGUUCAUGUGUCUGAGACAUGCGGACUACGUCAACGAUGACCAGAAGGUCCGCACCCUGCUCACCUCAACCAUCAACAGUAUUAAGAAGAUCCUCAAGAAACGAGGAGACGACUUUGAGACCGUCUCUUUCUGGCUAUCGAACACGUGUCGCUUCUUGCACUGUCUGAAACAAUACAGCGGAGACGAGGCUUUCAUGAAGCACAACUCGCCGAGGCAGAAUGAGCACUGUCUGUCCAACUUCGACCUGGCAGAGUACAGACAGGUGAUCAGCGACCUGGCCAUCCAGAUCUACCAGCAGCUGAUCAAAUGCAUGGAGAACAUCCUCCAGCCCAUGAUAGUUUCUGGCAUGCUGGAACACGAGACCAUCCAGGGAGUGUCUGGGGUGAAGCCUACGGGCCUCCGCAAGCGAACGUCUAGCAUCGCAGACGAGGGAACCUACACCCUGGACUCCAUCCUGCGGCAGCUCAGCGCCUUCCACUCUACCAUGUGCCAGCACGGCACCGACCCCGAGCUCAUCAAGCAGGUGGUGAAGCAGCAGUUCUACAUCAUCGGAGCCGUCACGCUCAACAACCUGCUGCUACGCAAGGACAUGUGCUCCUGGAGCAAAGGCAUGCAGAUCAGGUACAACGUGAGCCAGCUGGAGGAGUGGCUCAGAGACAAAGGUCUGAUGACAUUCGGAGCCAAGGAGACUCUGGAGCCUCUGAUCCAGGCCGCUCAGCUGCUGCAGGUGAAGAAAAAGACUGACGAGGACGCCGACGCCAUCUGCUCCAUGUGCCUGGGGCUCACCACUGCUCAGAUUGUGAAGGUCUUGAACCUCUACACUCCAGUCAACGAAUUUGAGGAGAGAGUAUCCGUGUCAUUCAUACGAACCAUACAGACUCGCUUGCGAGAUCGUUGUGAGAGUCCCCAGUUGUUGAUGGACACGAAGAUGAUCUACCCGGUCACCUUCCCGUUCAGCCCUUCAUCCCUCGCCCUGGAAACCAUCCAGAUCCCCAGCUCGCUCAACCUGGCCUUCCUCACCCGCGUCUAACCGCAGGCCCCGUAGGACGCCGCUAGGCCGAUGUAGUGGCCACAGUUGGAAUUGCAAGUCAAGAAAUGAAAUUUAAAAAAGAAUAGGAUUCGUAUUCACAUAGUUUGAGCAAUUUUGUCAAAAAAAAAAAGUUUGUGAUUCAAAAUCACCUAAGACAUCAGCUGACUGUAUCUGAACGUUGACACAGAGAGAAACCCAAUCACGUGCUGAACUUUCAACAUGCAUCUGUACAAUGCUUGCACACAUGCACGCCUACACUCACGUGCACUUUGUCUCUUACAAAAUGCACAAAUACACGUGACCCCCACGGUGGCUGCAGCUGGUUUAAUUCUGCCUGUGACACGCCAUCCGUCCACCGCUUGUAAAAACGCCACCGCCCCAGAUCUACGCCAGCGGUACUCGCUCUGCAUCGACUAGCUGGGUCUGUUUGAGGGGUCCCGUCCCCCCCCGACGACCCCGGCUCUCUCCUUUAGUGUUUCAUCUAGCUGACGCAACCAGUUAGGCUUUGAAAAACGUCAAAUCUUCGCCAUCGCCUCGUUCUCCGGUGAGAAUGUAAACGUAACGACUGGCGGGAGCCCUGAAGGAGGUGGUCUAGACUGUAGACCAGCCUUGAAUGUUGGGUGUGUGUUUCAUAGGCGAACCCAACGCAAGCCAGCGGAGUGACACCGUCACCUCUCUCCAUCCCAGGUGGAGGCAGCCUGGACCAUCGUCAUUACCCAGUCGAGCCAAGACAGAACUCAUCGUCUGUACUAUAUUAUUUAUACAUAUAUAAAUAUGAAUAAUAUAUAUCAUGUAUUUUAUUUAUUGCGUUCACCUCCGUCCCCACCCUCCCUUGAAUAGAUUAGAUGCUUCCUCUUUGCAGUAAACAUGUCGGAUAUAUGAAGGCCGGGACCAUCGUUUCCCACAGCUUUAUAAGGGCCGUGUUAGUUUUGGUCCAUUGUAGGCCGUCUAUGUCAAUAUCAGGUCAACUAUGUAGUCUAGAUUAAGGAGUGGCGGCACAGGUGAUUAUUUGUUAGGUCGCGUCUUACCGUAGAUACGUCGCUUCAUCGUGUUCAUCCUGCACUUCACGCGGGGUGAAGUGUAGCACGGGUUUUUAACUGAGGAGAGAUUCAGAAGGUACGAGGUUUCAGCUCUGAGAAGAGUUGAACCUGCUAACGUGUACACUGUUUACAGCUGUGACCGUCGCCGGGAGCUCUUCUUCAUUCUGCGGUCACAGCUGUAGUCGGUGCUUCCCAGCUGUUUUACUAUUAUCAACGUGGAAAUAUUUAUUUCAGUAUCGUCAUUUUCUUAAGCAUUGAAGCUCUGUGUAUUGUAAAGCCAUGUGUCACUGAGCAGAAGGGACACAAAAGGUCUCUCUGAUGUUGGUUUUGGAAAAAGACCAGUGUCUUCUGCUUUAUUCCCAGAGUAACACGAAUUCCUGUCCACUGGCUAGGAGAGCACAACAUGGGCCUUUUUAUAACCACAAUCAAUAGAAUAUGGGCAACUGCACUUGUCCCACGCCAAUUUCACGGGGUCACUGAAGUAGAAAGAAAUGUUUGUCUCUUCUGUACGGGUGCUGCGGUUGUUUUUGUUUCAGAUACGCAGACGUAUUUGGUGCUUGCUUUUCAAAGGCUGAUGUUGUACCACAGUUGUUGCCUCGUGUUUUGCCCUCUCGCCCUUCUCCCUCCCGCUGUGCCAUGAGUAUUAACGGUCAACCAAAUUUGCCUCUUGCCCCCGUGAACCUUGUUUUUGCCCGAUGACCUUAUCCUUUCACGGACUCAAUUGACUUUGGCUUUUGUUAAGGUGCUUACAUAUCACAUAUAGAAGAUUGUGAAUCAAAGUAUCCCAUAUUGAUAAAGAAUAAAAACAAAUGUUAAGUGGAGUGAAGAGAAGUUAGUGUGUGAAGUUGUUUUGGGUUGCACUCGUAUUUGAGGACUAUUUGAUGUCCAAAUGCUCUCAUUGGGACCGCGCGUUAUCAGUCCGCCUUCUGUUGUAUCAUUUGGAUUAAUAGGUAAACGUAUGCUUUGCACAAACAACAUUUCUGUGGAGAGACGGAGCGUAACGAAAGGAAUUCAUUUAACUACAUGAAUGUUUCAAACUUUAUCAGGAUUUUAGUUUCACGUUGUUGGACAAAGCCUUAUCUGAAUGAUUUCCUAUCUAAUUGACUUAAACACAUGAUCAAUAUUGUGACAUUGUUUUGUUCUUCACUGUAAAAUGAAUAUAAAUAGUUAAAUGUGGUCAUUUUUUUUAUUUUGAUAGGGUGUUCUUUUGUUGCACUGUUCAGGCAUCAGUCCAGAUGCACUUUUUCUUUUAAGACAUCGCUGAGGAAGUCUGAUAAACGAUAGACGAGGACUGUAAAAAACAAAAUACUUUUUUCUGACCUGUGACGCAUUGAUCUCCCUCUUCCACAUUCCCUCUGCAAGUGGCCGCUUCACUCUCUUUAUCAGUGUUUUUCUUUUCUUCUCUUGCUGCUUUGUUAAAACUAUGGAUUAAUGCAAGCCGCAGGCGAGAAGACAAACACAUGUGAAUUCCCGUCCUCACGUGUUCAAACCGUCCUCCUGGACCGAGAGCGCAGAGUUGGAAGGCCGGCCCGCUGAAAACAACAAUAACACGCGUUCAUUCACAGAGGAGAAAGCGCCAUUCCUUCACUCUGCGUUUUUACACGCUGACAUUAUUAAUGACCAUUGUUCUUAUCAACUAGCGUUGAUUGUGCCAUUUGAAAAAAAUUCAAAAACAAUGUUAAAAAGCAAACGUAUAGUAUAUACAGAUGUUUGCUCCCUGACCCCAUGUGUACAUUUGACGAACUGGACUGUCUGUAGAUUCUGGUAGCUGUGCUUAGUGAAUGUGUUCACCGUUAAGGAACUUGGAAUAAAUUGUCAAAUCUGUAAAAGUGAAAUAAAAUAAUUCAGCACUGUU